AUGGUACCACAUUCGCUGUUUGUUGGUAUUUCUGCCUUCAUCAGAAUGUUCAUUUUGUUACUUGUGUUCAUUUCGGUAAUAUUAAUUUUUACCGCACCCGGUGUCUGUUACACACGAUACAUUAACGAUAUUCGAGCAACUGAUGAGAUCUGUCCAAGUGAGAAUUUUCUACCCAUGGGUAUCAAUCGAUGGAGUAACGGUGUACAUUUCCAACAUCGCGGACAAAAUGUUUGGGGUCAACUGGCAAUCGUCAUAAUUGCAAUACUGUUUGCUUUACCGCCACUUGGACUAAGCUGUUUCCAGAUCGCUACCGGUGUCUCCCUAUUUUAUUUGCAAAUAUGUUUGUCGGCAGUAUCAAUAUUGGUUUUUCUGGCUCUUGGAGGUGUGGAAACGUGGUAUGCAACCGGUUUCAGCCAUAUGGGACCACUAAUUAGACAAAUCGGUGGUGGCCAAUUCAGUGGUUGUAUGAAUCUACCGAACUGUUAUAUAUUAUUCCUCGUCAAAGGAUGGGCAGCUGCUGCGGCUUUUUUAUUCUUAUGCGCUGUUCUCUUCCUUGUCGAUAUCGGAAUCCAGUUUCUUCUUAGAGACAAAUACUCACAAACAUAUACAACACCGAUAUCAUCUCGCGCAUCGUACGGCCCAUCAGAACCGAAUCGUGUUGACAAUUACCGUACAAGAAUACACGUCGGAAGUAAGUUUUAA